GUGUCCAAGGCAGGCUUUACGGUAACUGAAUGGCUUUUGGCUUUUUGAAAAUAACCGUCAUUACGGUAACGUACGCGGAACUUUACUGUAUACAUGUAGCGUUAUGAAACAUGGCGGUGUACUGCUCCAACCUGUGUAGCCAUUUGUCUUUGACCCGUCUGUGUGGUCUCAGGACAAACAGGAUAACAAAUGGCUUUUAUUUUCCCUAUGUGUCCUGUCAGUCUAGGUUGCCCCUGUGCCGACACUACUCAUCGUCCAAAGUUAGACGAGGUCUUGGUCGCUAUGUGGCCUCCAGCCUCCAGAGGGUAAAUACCAAAUAUGAAGGUUUCCUUAAAAGGCGAUUCCCACGCUUUUAUCAACUCUAUCACACUUUUACAGAAGGAUUCAAGCUACUGUUCCGAGAUGCCAAGGAUGUGCAGAGGAUAAAAGCUAAGAUGUUCUCUAAUGGAGUGGAGUUCAAGGAUUUGCCCUACAGGGAGAUGGAGAAGCUCAGACAGUUUCGCAGAGAUGUGAUCAAGGCCGUGCCGCUGGUGGUGAUAUCCAUCCCCCCCUUUGCCAACUACCUGGUUUUUGUCUUGAUGUACUUUUUCCCCCGCCAGCUCCUGAUCCCUCAUUUCUGGACUCCUAAGCAGAAGGAAGAGUUUCAGAGAUUGUACCACACCCGGAGGGUCCAGAACCACUGUCCAGUGCUCAAAGGGCUCGAGAGCACGAGCCAACAGGUCAAAGACGGCCAGCUACAGAGUCGCCUUAUAAAACUGUGUGCCACAGUGCAGAGUGGAGCAAACCCAGGAGUGUCUGAAAUCCUUGCCGUCCGAAGCCUGUUUUCUGGACCUCCUCUGGGUAUAAAGAGGAUGAGCGUGGAUCAGAUGAGACUUGUCAGCCCCCUGCUCUUCCUGACGCCUCACCUCCCGGGCUUCGUGCUCGGCCGCCGGCUGAACAGCCACGGCCUGGUGCUGCUCCAGCUGGACCGGGCCCUCAGCAGGCUGGGCCCUCACCAGCUGAAUGACUCCGAACUCCGAAAGGCUUGUUAUGAGAGGGGGCUUCAUUCUAAUGGUCUUGGCAUUAAUCAGUGCCGCGAGUGGUUAUCCCAGUGGCUUCAGGUGUCCUCCUCACUGAAAGACUCAGAGGUGUCACUGCUUUUGCACACCAUUGUAUUUCUCUCCGCCAACUACCCGAAAGGUGCCAGCCGACACUGACGGGAAGCCUGAAGCCAUCUGCUUCCGCGAUUAUGCUCUUUUUUUUGCGCAUUGGGCAGCACAACUUCCUAAGAAAUGUCAACAUCUCCCCCCCCCCCCGGCAAAUGCAAAGAUUU